AUGAGGUUGAACUUGCUUCUCGUCGCCCUGGCUGGCGCAUGCCGCGUCCAGGCCGCGUCAGUAUUUGCACACUUUAUGCGGACGGACAUACGGCUUGCCAAAGAAGCGCAUAUCGACGCCUUCGUGCUCAACAUGGCCCACGGCGAAGCUGUCAAUGAGCCUUCCCUUGAGCGUGCCUUCAACGCCGCCAAGUCAGAAGGCUUUAAGCUCCUGUUUUCCUUUGACUAUGCUGGUCGUGGGCCCUGGCCCAAGGAUACCGUUAUCAGCUACUUGAAGAAGUAUGGGUCUACUGCUGAGUACUUUAAGCAUAGUAAUGGGAAGCCUUUGGUCUCUACCUUUGAAGGCCCCGGGAACGCUGAUGACUGGAUCGAUAUUAAGAAACAAGUCAGCUGUUUCUUUAUCCCGGAUUGGUCAUCUGAAGGCGCCAAGCCCGCCCUCACGCUUGGGGGUGGCGUGGCUGACGGUCUCUUCAACUGGGCAGCCUGGCCCUGGGGUCCUCAAGAUAUGGAUACCUAUGUUGACGCCUCCUAUAUUGGGUACCUCGACAAGAAGCCGUACAUGAUGCCCGUCUCCCCGUGGUUCUAUACGAACAUGCCUGGUUACAAUAAGAACUGGCUAUGGCGCGGCGAUGACAUGUGGCACGACCGGUGGAUUCAGGUCAUUUAUAACCAGCCUGAGUAUGCCCAAAUCAUAUCAUGGAACGACUACGGAGAAUCGCACCACAUUUCUCCAGUGUACAGCCACGCAUUGGAGGCGUUCGAAAUCGGCAAAGCUCCGUUUAACUACGCCAACAACAGGCCCCAUGACGGUUGGCGUCUGACGCUGCCUUUCUGGAUCGAUUACUAUAAGACCGGCAAGGCUACCGUCACUCAAGAAGGAAUCGUCACCUGGUAUCGCACAAGCCCGGCUAGAGCGUGCUCUGAUGGGGGCACCGUCGGCAAUACGGCCAGCCAACUCCAGCUGGAGUUUGCCCCUGAGACCGUCAUGCAGGACAAGAUCUUCUUCUCAGCCGUCCUCGGAGCGACAGCUGAAGCAACGGUGACGAUAGGGGGCCAGACCUUCAGCCCGGAGUGGUCAUCAGUUCCAGACGGGGGCGUCGGCGUAUACCAUGGCAGCAUCUCAUUUGAAGGCUUGGGCGGUGACGUGACCGUCAAUAUAUCACGAGGAGCCCGUGUCAUCGCGAGUGUAGCCGGCGCAGCCAUCAGCGCCGCGAGCUGCGAUAAUGGACGCACCAACUGGAACCCCUGGGUUGGCAGCGCCCUCGUGCCCGGAUCCGUCUCCGUCACGACCCCACGCUCCCGCGGGGAGCAGGGAUGCGUCAUGGGAACUGGAGCCGCGGGCUUCACUGAGCUCUGUGAGUUUAACUGCAAGUACAACUACUGCCCGGUGUCGUCUUGCGUGUGCACUGCCCUCGGUGCCCCAAACAAGAAGCCAACUGCGCUUGAGGUUGACGGUUUCCCGGCCAAGGGGAGAAGCGAGAACUACAUGGGGCUUUGCUCGUCGGCUUGCAACCUGGGAUACUGCCCGGAGGCAUACUGCUCGCAUACCUUGCAGCCCAUGAUCGUGCCGACCGUGUCUGAGUUCCUCCCGCUGGCCUGCCGAGCCGGCACGGGCCGCGCGGGAUUCGAGGGCUUGACGGGCCUCUGCUCUUAUGCCUGCAACUUCGGCUUCUGUCCCAUCCAUGUCUGCCAGUGUACGGAGAAGGGCGGCUUGAUCGAGCCUCCGCCGCAGGUGAAGGGAGUCAGCGGCAAGCCAAUCGGCAAUGUCAAUGACGAGAAGUUGUGCGCAUUUGCCUGCUCUCGUGGUUGGUGCCCCCCUGAUGCUUGCCAGCGCGUGGACACGAGCGACGAUGAAGACGACGACAAAGGACCCGAAAUCGACCCUGAAGAUGCUUGCAAAGAUGAAGACAUUACCUACGAUAAAGACUAUACCGGCCGUGUCGGCGAGUACAUGCGCUGGUUCUUGAUGGAGCCUGAGUACGCGGCAACUACGGGCAGACAAUACAUCACCAUCGUCAACCUCACGCCGCACAACUUCAAACUCACCUCAGCCCAAUCGUAUCAGAUGGACGAGUUCGACUGGGGCCACAUUCCUCCUGGCAAGGCCCGACAGAACGUCGCCCACUACACCGAAGACGUCAAAGCAAACCCUGUGGAUGACAAUGGAGAGGCCUACUACGAAAUAGAGGGCACGAACAAGAAGUUCGUCGUACGUGCCACGACGCACAUCCCGGACACGUACCCCAAGCGCGUCGUGUUCGACCUGAGUGGGAUGGGCAAGGGCCAGCGCGAGUAUAAGGUGCCGGAGCAGGAGGUUCCCGUCACCCUCGUCAUCACAGGCAGCGACUCGUUCGGCUUCAUUACCUCACUGUCUUACGGCCCGGGUAACUGGAUGAGGGGCAUCAAGGACCAAAUCAAGCACCGUAAGCUGGUCGAUGUGAUCGUGCCGGGCACUCACGACGCGGGCAUGAGCAAAAUCACGGGGGCCAUUUUGACGGGCGCCACCGCGUCUAACACGCAAAACCAGAUGCUCAACAUUUACGACCAGCUCCGGGCUGGGUCUCGCUGGUUCGACAUGCGCGUUUCCAGUGUGCAUCAGGUCGUCGAUUGCUGCGGCAAAUACGAGUUCUGGACCUCUCACUUGACCAAUGAGGCAGCCGACGCGCCCCUCGGCAGGUCAGGCGAGAAGUUCGACGAGGUUAUCCAGGAGAUCAAUAAGUUUACCAACGAGAAUCCCGGCGAGGUCAUCAUGCUGCAGUUCCGUUAUCUCGUUGGCGUACGCAACGUACCGAGUCUGGGGCCUGUGUACUGGGACAAUGACACGAAGAACAAGUUCUUUGACAAGUUGAAGGAGAUCAACAACCGCUGUCCGGAUCUGUCUGGAACUUCAAUGCAGGACAUCAAGAUUGGAACUCUGAUGGACAAGAACAGCGGCAAGGGUUGCGUUCUCAUCUUCCUGGACACAGCGCACCUAGCCAAGAACAUAAACUACCAGGAUCGCAAUGAUACCAGCGAGGGCAUUUACAAGAAGGACUCGAUGUCUUGGACUGAUGCCUGGCCCGAGAAGGAGGACACGAAACAGAUGGCCGAGAAAGCCAUAACAGCUUGGGAGGGAAAGCUCGAUAACCAUGUCCACGUCGCCCAGUGGCUCUGCACACCGAAUCCCCUGACUUCGACGUUCGUGCACAGCCUGCAGUCAAUCGCGGUACUCCCCACAAACCCGGCGCUGUAUUGGCGCGGCGUCAACGAGAUCAAGCCCGAGAAGUUUCCCAACGUUCUCAUGGUCGACUACAUUGGGAUGGUGCUUAUGAAUGAGGCGGGAUGGAACGCGCUGAGUGCGGAGCUCUACACUCUGGCCAUCGGUCUCAACCUAUACACCGUCAGUGAGAACUGCAAGAUCAAUCCGAUGCGGAAUCCCCUGCUUCCACCCCGCAAAAGCGGCAGGAAGGUCCCCAACCCGCUCGUAUCGCAGUUCAACGGCAUCAUCUUUGCCAACGGGACUAUCAUGGAUAACCCGCCGCCGACUUAUCAUCCCGGGCGCGUAGAGUUCCUGAGAAACGGGACGGUGUUUAGCAACGGCACGGUGUUGGAGGAGACUGUGCCCAAUCCUGACUUCAAUUCCACGUCCUUCUGA